CUGUGUUCGGCCAUGGCUCCGCUCGUGCGGACGCCACCGGCUUCGGAGCGCCUCGUGUUGAUCCCAGCCAUCGACAAACGGAACACGACUGGCUACAAGAACGUGACCUACGAUCGCAGCAAAAAGAGAUUCGUGGCGAAGGUGAGGGAUGGCGGCAAGCGGGUCCACCUUGGCCGCUUCAACACCGCCGAAGAGGCGGCCACCGCCUACGCUCGCUCGGAGUACGGCCGCGCCGACGCCGCCAAGCUACUGCAGCCCCGCUCUGCUCUCACUGCCGCUGGCCUCGAGGCGAUAAGGCAGGCGGAGAGGGAGGGCCUCACCCUCACCGCCAGCAGCAACAACAGCACCGGCUACAAAGGCGUAACCUUCUGCCCGAAGCAGAAAGGCACCAAGAAGUACAUGCUGCAGGAGUGGGUUUGCGGCAAGCAAGUCAGCCUCGGCUACUUCGCCACCGCCGAGCAAGCUGCGCUCUUCUACGCCCGCAGGGAGGCGGACAGGGACACCACCGAUCUCACCACGCCGCCACCACCGCCGCCGCCACCCGAGCCUUCCUCUGCCGCUGGCGCCGAGGCAGUCCGGUAGGCGGGGAUGGAGGUCGGAGAUGGAGGUGGAGGCAGCUGCCGCAGUUGCGGGCAUGGUCGCGGAACAGCUGCUGAGGAGACCGAGUGCGGCAUUUGCUUGGACGAGCUCAGCGCACACCGUGAGGCGCGACUGCAGCCUCGCGACCCGAACGGCUGGGGCGCCACGCGCUGCUGCAAGAACCUCUUCCACCACCGCUGCCUGCACACUUGGCUCAACGACGACAGCGAGGUCGAGACGAGCUGCGGGACGGAGCCGAUCAACACGGCCUGCCCUUUUUCGAGGCUCUCUGUCGACGACGGUCGGCGUCGCGUAUGCUUAGUUAGCGAGAGAAGCGAGUUCCGAGUGAUACCU